AUGCCCCCAUCCCAAACCGACUACUUUGUCGACCGCCCCCAAACAUCUGACGAACCCGAGGGCACGACCGCAAGGACACCGGCAUCUGGCUAUGCCCUGACCAACGUCGGCAGCGUGCGGGAGCGCAUACCGGCCACCAUCCCAGACGAAGAGGGAGGAGGCCAAAAUGGCGGAGACCUUGGCGUCAGAAAUAGCGCUCGCCCGCCCGAGCCCAGCAACCGCAGGGCGCUCUCCAGCGGCACACGAGGUCCAUCUCAUUCUCACCAACCCCUCCAACAGUCGACGACAAACGUGACCGACAGAGCCACUGCUCCUGCACGGCGGCCCCAGACACUGGAUCGUCAGGGGUACACCGAUUAUCCCCAGCGCGGCUGGGCCGACGAGGGCUACUAUGAAGACAACCCCUGGUACGACGCCCCAGCUCGGAAACCCGUCUUCAGUCUUGGAAAACCGCUCCCUCACGUCGUCCGACGAAGGCGUAGACGGGUCAAGCAUGCCGCGCCCAAAGACAAAGGCGACGAGGAGCAGGGACAGGUCAUCGAGGACGUGCCUGAAGUCGUUGAGCCAGAAGGCGAUGUCGACGACGACGCCUCGACAAUGUACUCGCGGAGAGAUCGGCAGUCUCAGUCAAGACUGGGCGACGACGCUUUGGACAACAGGAUACCCCAGUCCACAGUCGGCGGUGUAGCCCACAGCAACAAGCGGAACGAAGCUGGUUUGCCCGUGUUCGACUAUGUUCCCGGUCCAGCCAGGCGGAUGGACAGUGGGCUGGCGCCCCAGCAGAGCAGGAACAGCAUGCAGCCGCCGGAGCGUGUGCAGUCCGGUGUCUCGAGAAGCGCGCCGUCCUUCAAGAUCGACGGCGAACCCAUCGGGCACCAUGAACAUGCAGAGGUGGAGAGAGGCGAGAAAUCACCAGACGAGCUGCGGAACUGGUGGGCACGCGUGAGGGCGCGGCAUCCCGAGCCACUCGCUGAGUUCCUGGCCACCGGCAUGGCGCUGUUCCUGGGCCUCUGCGGCACCCUGAGUGUGAACCUGUCCCAGGCGCUCAACGACACGUACGGCAGCUUCGAGACGUCGUGCUGGUCCUGGGGCUUUGGGUGGAUGUUUGGCAUCUAUCUCGGCGGCGGCGUGUCCGGCGCGCACCUGAACCCAGCCGUGUCCCUCAGCUUCUCCAUCUUUCGCGGGUUUCCAUGGCGGUCGUGUGCCGUGUACGUCUGUGCGCAGUUCAUCGCGUCCCUCGCGGCCGCGGGCCUCGCGUACGGAUGCUACGCGGACGCUAUCCACCAGCUCGACCCGGGCAUGACGCAAACGUCAAAGGCCUUCUUCACGACGCCCAAAGAUUUUGUGUCGGUCAAGUCGGCCUUUCUCAACCAGGUCGUCGGCGGCGCCAUCAUGAUGAUUGCCAUCUUUGCGCUCGGCGACGACCAGAACAAUCCGCCCGGCGCGGGCAUGCACGCCUUCAUCCUCGGCCUGCUGGUCACGACGCUCAAGUUCACGCUCGGCUUCAAUGUAGGCACGGCGAUCAACCCUGCGAUCGACUUUGGCCCGCGCGUGGUGGCGUACGCCGUGGGCUAUCGUGAACACAACGUCUUUGGCACUUGCUGGUGGAUAUACGGACCCUUUGCGGCCACCUUGAUCGGAUCCAUGCUUGGGUGUGUCAUCUACGACGGAUGCAUCUUUGUGGGGAGCGAGAGCCCCAUCAACUAUCGCAUGCAAGGGUCUUGGAAAGAGAAGACGAGGCGCUUCUGGUCGCCAUUCGUCUCAGGGAGCAGGAAGAAGACGGCUGCGAAGGAUGUUGAUGAGGAUGAGGGCAGUUCGAGCCAGUAG